CUAAACCUAUUCCCUAAAUAUAUUGAGAGAGUAAAAAAUUUCAAUUCCAAGUUAAACUCAUUUAUGACAGACCAUUCAAAUGGCCAUUACGUUUAACAUUCCGAAUUAUUUUCCAAUACAUUUUGUUAUAUGACUAAGAACAACCCUCCAAAUUCCUAGUUCUACAUCCCUGUAUAUGCAUGUAUAAAUAUCUAAAACCCAAAACAGAGUAAGAUAUAUAAAACAUAUCAAAUAGAGAAAUGGCAGGAUCAUCGUCUAGCAAUCUCUAUCCUUUGGUCGAUGAUUUCUACUUUUCAGCUCUCUUUGAUGAUGAUGAAUUAUUUCCAAUCUCUGAUGUGAAAUAUGCACAUGAGUUACAGCUCCAAGAGGCUCUAAUAUCUGCAGCAUUUUCAUUACCAUCAUCAAGAAAACGUGUCCCCGUUAAAGAGGAGACAGAGCAUUUAAUCAAUACUAUGGCAACAUCCAGUGCAACAGAUCUUUUCUUGAAGAAAAAGGUUAAGUUGGAAAAAGAAGAAGGCGAGUCUUCUUCUCUUGUUGUAGAGGGCUUUUGUCCAAUAUGCUCGGAGCCCAAACCGGCAGGAGCGAUGUUCAGAAACGACAAGUGUUCCCACUCGUUUUGCUCUGACUGCAUUGGGAGAUAUGUCGUCUUAAAGAUUCAGGAUAACAUAUCCGUGGUGAAGUGUCCUCAUCCCAACUGCGGAGGCGUUUUGGAGCCUCAGCUCUGUCGUUCCAUUGUUCCGGAGCAAGUGUUUGGACGAUGGGAAAAUGCUCUGUGUGAGUCAUUGAUUCUUGGAGCCAAGAAAAUAUACUGUCCUUUUAAGGAUUGUUUGGCUAUGAUGGUUGAUGAUGGAGAGGAGUCAGUAACGGUAUCGGAGUGCCCCAGUUGUAAUAGACUCUUCUGCGCGCAGUGCAAUGUUUCAUGGCAUGAAGGGUCUGAGUGUGGAGAGUUUCAGAGCGUGGCCAAAAGUGUAGGAACGAUGUCGUCGUCCGAGAAGGAAGAAAAGAUGGUGAUAGAGCUUGCCAAGAACAAGCAAUGGAGAAGAUGUCCCUCUUGUAGUUUUUAUGUUGAGAAAACCGGAGGCUGCGUUCACAUUUCAUGCAGGUCAAUUUUCAUUAGUCAUUUAUUUUGUUAUUUUUUUCUUGGAAUUAUUUUGAUAUUGAUUGUUGAUAUCUUCUUCUAG